CAAGCCUCCAUCUUCCAGUCAGAAAUGAUUGUCAGCCAUGUAAUGCGUGAGAUAGGAAUUAUCUUCAUUCUCUGUCUGUUCGAGGUCAAAGGCAUCGAGUUUCAGGAGUCCGGUCCCAAGAUAGUACCGGACGAGAAGGCAGAGGUCGUGAUCAACUAUAGCCAUGACGACAACUCUCGGCCUGUGAUGCUGUGGUACCAGCAGAAACAGGGCUCGGGUCCCUUGGUCUUGCUGGGUUAUAACUAUGGAGCCACUACAUCCAACUAUGAGGACGGCAUCAAAGAGCAGUUUGAGAUCAAAAUGGAGGACAGGCAGAGCGGAUCCCUGGCGGUUCGGGAGGCAAACGUGACACACACGGCGGUGUACUUCUGCGCUGCUGGUGUGUUAGACUGUGUGACAUUUCAGCCAUCCCAUCCCAUAAUACUUCAGGAAAACACCCAGGCGGAGAUUAAAUGUCAACACGACGACGAUGCUCUCAAUGUCAUGUUAUGGUACCAGCGAAGACCAGAGAGCAACAAUUUGAGUCUAAUAGGCUACAGCUACUUUGGCAACGACCCCAACUACGAAAAAGAGUUCAAAGAUCAAUUUGAGUUGACGAGGGAGAGCCGACUAAAAGGAGCGCUGGUACGUCGAAAGGCAGAGGCAAACGACUCUGGGGAGUAUUUCUGCGCUGGCAGUCUGGCUGCCGUCCCGGUGCCCGUUCAACCCGGGGAUCUGGUCCUCCAGCCGGGCGCUGCCAUCACGCUCACCUGCAGUCUGGCGUCCGACAUGUCGAGCUACACCAUGCUCUGGUACCGACAACAAGUCUACGGUGAUCCCAUCGAGUUCAUCAUCCAAGAAUACGACACCAGUCGGGGUCGCUUCAAAGCCACUCUGGACACAAACCAGAACCGCUUCUCGCUGGGAAUAAGCGAGUUGCAGGUGAACGACAGUGGGACGUUCUACUGCGCAGCCUAUCACCGCGACACGCCUGGAUGGCUUUUUGGUACAAGAGCAGACCAGUGUGACACUGGAAACGAGGCCUACUUUGGAAAAGGGACGAAACUCACGGUCCUGGAACCGGGGUGUAACGUCUCCCUGCCCACGGUGGUGGUCCUGCCGCCCUCUGAGAAGGAGUGCCUGGACCGGAAGAAGCAGCUGAAGAAGACCCUGGUGUGCGUGGCGUCGGGCUUCUACCCGGACCACGUCGGCGUGUCCUGGACUGUGAACGGCCAGUGGGUCACUAAGGGCGUGGCCAGUGACCACACCGCCCUGCGCGUGGCCGACAAAUACCAGAUCACUAGCCGGCUCCGGGUGGAGGCCCGGACGUGGUACACAGAGGGCACCAUCUUCAACUGCAAUGUCAGCUACUUCAACGGGACAGACACCAUCUACAACUCGGCGGAGGUUUAUGGGGGCGGUGAUGUCAAUGGGACCCAGACGGACGCCAUGACCAGAGAGGAAUUUCUUAAGGUCACCCAGACGGCCAAACUGUCCUACAUAUUAAUGAUCGUCAAGAACAUCGUCUACGGAGUCUUUGUCACGAUACUGGCCUGGAAACUCGGCAUCGGACGAUCGCACGCUACGGCUAAGAAGUGAGACAGCGGGCGGUCCAAGGGAGGUGACGGCUCCAGCUGAGCAUUGUCUCCGUUGUUGCCUUGGUGAUGUGAAACAUGCCAUGCGAGGAUAUAAACACAUUAGGUUGUACUCUGGAGAGCCACGCUGUGUUCUACAUCCAGGCAUCAGCCCGCUUCGUCUCAGUUUCUCAUCACUUUGAAGAUCGCUGAUGAAAUGAUUGGGACGCUAAAAUAAUUAUAAGAAGAAUAUUUAAUAAUGAUAAUAAUUUUUGCUGAAAUCCAUGAUGCUUUUGUCUCAUUAGAAUGUAUGUUCUUGCAUGAUUUGUGUUUGUUUUCAUAAAACCCAAUGUUUCUUUCUGUAUUAAAGUCGAUAAGGUUGAAAUGGCUGUGGUUUUGUUCUCGCUAGUUUGUAAUAAAAGUUGCUGAGAUGAGAUGAGAGAAUUAACUAAAGUUAAUGUGUUGAGUUACUCUCGUAGAUUUAUAUAUUCUACUAGUAUACCAGACGCCUUACUACGUACCAAGACAUACACAAUCAUCGGCAACAUAGAAAAUUACCAACAAAACACAUCAGAGAACCAAAAUUGCUCUUGUCUCCAGAGCGAGACAGCCAGCAGAAGAGGAGCUGAUGAUGGAGGAGGAGAAGGAGGUGAUACAGGAUGUGGUGCCCCACAUCCUCCUUACAAGCGAGAAAUGUCAAAGAUCGGCAGCUUCCUGCCUCCCCACCACGACCCAGACACCUGCCGCCUGCUCGUGC